CCAAUACUUCGUACCUACCUCCAUACCAGUAGGUACCUGUGUAGUAGUACGCAAGUACUUGCAGCCGGUUGACAAGAGACGCGAAAUACGAACACUUUGGUCGGGCAUGCCCUGCCUGGCCCGGCCGAUGAGGCGCCACCCGUCGCUGUCUGAGAGUCGAUCAGCGAGAGGAACCAGAGAGACGGGAACUGGGGGUCUCCCAAACAGUGGGCGGCGGCAGGCCGGGAACUACUAACCUACUACACUGCACUCCUGCCCUGCCCUGCUCGACGGGGUGAAGCGAAGCCCAACACACCUCAGAGGAUGGAACCAGCAGAACGGAUGGAUGGCACAUCCUGACUCUUGCAGGCCCUGCUAGUCGCGACUUGGACGCUUCUCGGUCGAACGAUUGAUAAUCCUCGACGGGCGCCCGCACGUAUACCCGUACCCAUCUGCCCGCCACCUCGAAUCGCUGCCACCAACACAUCCGGCCAGGCCAAUUCCUUCAGUCUGCCUCGCGAUAUAUCUGAUCCAGGUGACCCGGCUCGGCCCCAACCUGCAACCUGUCAUUGUGUCACGAGUCCAGCCCGCUGCUGCCGGACAACUCCAGUCUCACCAUCUCACACGGGUAUAUCGGCUUCGUACAAUCUCAUCGCAGCCUGGAACCAUCUCGCGGGGCACCGCUACUGCUGCGUCAUCUCCAGCCGAUCAGCCACAGCUCUGACUUAUUACCUUUUUUUCUCCCGCCGGCUACCGCCCUUCCAACGACGACAUAUCGACGGAUCCCAUCUGCUGCGCCGUUAGCUGCUCUGGGGAGCACCGUCUGCGCCGUCUACUGGUGUCCUGGCUGCCAGAUUGUGUUGGGGCUGCGUGGCUUAUCAGCCAGGGCCGCGAGCGCAACUUCUCGUCCAUCCUCACGCUUGAUUUUAUACUUCUUUCACCGCCGCAGGACUCUUUCGUCCCUGCCUUUACCCGCGAGCCCAUUCGAGGCCACGACCUUGACACCCCUCCCCAAAGCAGCCCACUCGGCCCAUAUCGCGGGUACCGUGCCGCCCGACGCAUACUAACUAGCCGCCGCCUGAACUCUGCCACUGAUCCGCCCAAACACCUCCGGGCAUUCGUCUCUCCCCCCGCGUCAUAUCCGUUGUGCCGUCCGAGACAUGGCGCCUGGCAUACUCAACAGCAGCCCCCCGAACCUUCCCCAAAAUCUACCAGUUGAUGUCGAGCACCAGUUGGCUCCCGUCAACGAGGACGAGGAGCAGGAUGCCGUCGCUGACCUGACGUUGCUACGGAGCUUUCCCGAGCCUCCGACAGAAUGCCAGGUUUGCGUUGUCGGAGCAGGUCCUGCGGGACUGAUGCUGGGCGCCACACUGACUAGGUACGGCGUUGCCGUUGAAGUCAUCGAUGACAGGGCCGAUCAGACCCCGGUCGGAAGGGCUGAUGGUCUUCAGCCAAAGACGAUUGAGACUUUCCGACAACUGCGCCUGGCCGAUGCCCUGCUCCAGCGAGGCGUCCGUGUUUUCGACAUCUCCUUCUGGCGCAGCACCGCGGAUGAGCCUCUACAUCGAUUGGGGCGCGAGGUUCACUACCCACCUGUAAUUGAUGUCUUGGACCCUUACAUUCUCCUGGUCCACCAGGGCAUUGUCGAGGGCCUCUUCAUCGAUGACAUGCGAAAGCGGGGCAAGGAGGUUCGCAGGAACAUGUCCUUCGACUCCUACGAUUUCCCCGCUGGCAAGAAUGGACAAAUGCAAAUAAACUGUCGGACCAAUGUCACACACGAUAAACGAACCCUUUUAACCCAGUACCUGGUUGGCUGCGAUGGAGCUCACUCCAAGGUUCGGAAGAGUAUACCCGAUGUCGAAGCCGUCGGCAUGUCCCAACCCGCCAUUUGGGGUGUUCUGGAUGGCGAACUCAUCACCGACUUUCCCGACAUCUGGUCGAAGACGCUCGUCUACUCAGAAGAGCACGGAUCCAUCCUUCUCAUCCCCCGCGAACGGAAUAUGACACGUUUCUAUAUCGAGUUGAAGUCGUGCGUGGGAACCGAUCGACGACGUCUCGGUCAGACAUUCGUAAUGGAGCAGGCACGCAAGAUUAUGGCGCCCUACAGCGUCGAUUGGAAGUACAUUGAGUGGUUUGGGCGUUAUCAAGUUGGCCAGCGGGUGGCCAGUCGCUUUUGUGACGGCCAAACUAGGAUUUUCUUGUCUGGCGAUGCCAGUCACACACACUCCCCCAAGGCGGCACAGGGCAUGAACACAUCCAUGCACGACUCAUGGAACUUGUCGUGGAAGCUCAACUUGGCCGUCCGUGGCCUGGCAAAGCCCACGCUAUUGGAAAGCUACGAAGAGGAGCGCCGCAAGAUUGCCUUGGAUCUGGCUAACUUCGAUUAUGAGCACGCCAACCAGCUGGCAGGAGGAGAUGCUGUCGCCUUGGCCAAGAACUUCAAGGCCAACGUCCGCUUCAUUUCCGGCAUUGGCGCAGAAUACAGCGGCAGCUCCAUCAACAAGGACUUGCCAGCAAUACCCUUCGGCAUGGGCGACGCAAGGCCGGGAUGCCUGUUGCCCCCAGGCAAGGUGUCCCGCUACAUCGACUCCAAUCCAGUCGAUGUGCAGCUUGAUAUUCCAAUGCUAGGCCAGUUCCGAAUUUUCAUCCUUACUUGGGAUGUACAGCAAGCCGCCCCGUUUUUGACCACAUUCUGCCGUGCCAUCGCAGACAACAAGUCAUUUGUGAGCCAACUCUCUGCAGCCGCCAGCGCCUCAUACGCAGCGCAGCCGAGAUUGGGCUCGCCGGAGGACGUAUAUCUCAGACCCGAAAGAUACACUGCCGUCAGCCACCUGUUCACCUUUUCCCUUAUAACAACAAUGGCCAAGACCGAGUUUGAGAUAUCCGACUUGCCCGCCCUGCUGCAGGAUAGCCGCUGGACCAUUUACCUCGACAACGUCCCAGAGCAGGAUACAAGAGGUCAGCAGUGUACGGACAAGUGGCUAGGACGCCUAGAGCCGGGUGAGGUGGCCAUACUUAACGUGCGGCCGGACGGCUACGUCGGGUCCGUUAACCGUUGGGAUACGGCCGUGGACGACGCCGGUGUCGAUGCUGCGAGGUGGCUCGACGACUACUACUCUGGAUUUAUGCAGGUGCCGACGACGGCGAAUUAAUGCGAGAUCAAAUGUGGGUUAUAAGUAUAGGUCUCGAUGGAGUAGUAUAUCUAACCUCUGACUGAAGAAUUACUGUUUGUAGACAUGCAAUCACUAUCUGUUUUAAUUAUAGUUAGCUAUGUCUAAAGGGUAUAUAAGUUAUAUAGUACGUAACGAGGAAAGGAAACGAAUACUCUAUCCGGAUCUAUAUAUUAUAAGUACGUAGUAUAUUUAUAUAAAUGGAAAAGACUAGCCGUAUAGAC